AUACGAUUGAUUUUUCUCAAGUUCGCGAUCAUAAAAUUUAAUAAAAAAUCUAUGAAAUAAAUGUGAUUUUGAAUCAUAAAAUAAUUAUAUCAACAUGUCGGAGACCAGUGAAAGUGACCAGCAUGAUAAUGACAUGCUGAGCAUGUUUGCCAGCGUCUGGGUAAAGGUGGAAGUCGAGGAAACGGAUGACAACCUGCCUGAGUUGGAUCCUGAUCAACAGGUUGAAGUACCGACCCCAAAAAAGAAGAAAAAGACACCUCGUCCGACACAGAUUUUGAAAUGUACGUUCUGUGAAUAUACAACCGUCUACAAAAACUGUUUGAAGCUUCAUAUAAUGGGGCAUAGCAACACUAAACCUUAUUCCUGCGACACUUGCAACUAUACUACCAAGUACCCAACCUCCUUGCACAGGCAUAUGAUAAUACAACACGACUUCAAAGUCACCGAUCACCUACAAAUGCAAGUCUACCAGUGUGAAAUGUGUUCGUACUCAUCCUAUUUUAAAUGGAACUUGAAAGCACAUACAAGGAAACACACCGCUGAGAAACAGUACAAAUGUGAGCAAUGUAAUUAUGCUACUGCGUACAGACAUAAUUUUAAUAAACAUCAUAAAGUUCAUAAUAAAGAAGAAAUGAUGUAUAAAUGUGAUAAGUGUCCGUUUGUCACUAAAUAUGAAGGUCAUAUUGCCAGGCAUUUGGCCAAAAUUCACAAUGAAGUGUCCGAUAAGGCAAGGAAGUGUGAUUUGUGUGAUUUUUCAACGAAAGUCCAAUGGAGGUUGAAUGUUCAUAAACGAAGAAGCAAACAGAACAGUGUUUUGAAGUGUACCUUCUGUGAUUUUGAAACUAGUUACAUGUGUGAGUCCAAAAAGCAUAAAUCGAUGCAUUUCGAUGAUGCACAUGAAAUAAAAUUAAAUGAAUCAAGCGGAGAGAUUACAGUUGGAUCUGGACCUGGACCUGGAGUAGUAACGAUACCGUUACCAGAUGAGAAUGGAACUGUUCAUGAGAAGUUUCAUAAUUACACUUUGGACCCUAACUGUGAGAUUGAUUGGCAUAACAUAAAAGUUUUAGAAUCAAAUUGUAAAGAUCGUCCGUUCCAAUGUAUCAUGUGUAGUUAUACAUCAAGAUUUAAGGCGUCCGUACAAAGGCAUUUUCAACGGCACCACACUGGCAGCUUACACCGUCCAUACAAAUGUGUUAACUGUGAUUUUUCCACAAAAACUAAAGAUCAGAUCGCUCUACACAACAAAAGAAGUCAGUCCGAGACAGAAUUGAAGUGUGCGGAGUGUAAUUAUGUGACCUUUUUCAAAUGUCAGUUUGCAACGCAUCAAAAAUGUCAUUAUGCACAUAAGUGUCCCGACUGCAAUUUUACUUGUAAACAAAAAUAUGAUUAUCAAAGGCAUGUGGCUACAGCUCACACGGGGAAUACGAUGCAGUGCCGAUUUUGUGAUUAUAAAGCGGUGAGAAAAGAGAGUUUGUUGUGCCAUGAGACGAUACACACUGGUAAUAAGCCUUUUAAAUGCAAAUUUUGUAAAUAUACCACUGUCCGGAAAUCUUUACUUGAUAAUCAUUUGAAGCGGCGCCAUACUGAUGUUCUAAGGGAGCGUGUUAUUGUGAAUGAUAGCAAAAUUGAGUCGUUGAAAGUUCCUAUGGAGAGUAAGGAAGCAGAUGGUUUAAAAGAACGAAAUAUGAGUAAAGAGAUAGGAGAAAUAACUGAUGAACAGAGUAGCCAAGAUUUUGAUGAUGAGUCGAUGUAGAUUGUUGUAGAUGUGUAUGUUAAAUUAUGGCUAAUUUUAUCUCCCUAAAGGGGGUGAUUUUUGCGGUAGUGAUUUUAGUCAAAUACGUGUGCGAUACCCAGGCCAGAUGUUGUCGAAAAUGGCCAUUUGAAUCUUAUAGAUAAUUAGUUGUUCGGCUUCUGUAAUU